AUGGGGUGCGUCUUCGGCAGGCAGGCUUCGGCGAAGCCAGUAGGGAAGAACGAGGGUGGAGAAAUUAGGGUUUCUAAGAAAGCAGAGGCGAGCGGCGGCGAGGUCACUGAGGCUCGGAAUGUAACAAUGGUCGCAAGGAGAAUGAGGAGGAGAGGAGUUCGAGGCCCAAAGGCGAGAAGAGGCGAUCGUCCAGGCCCAAUCCUAGGCUCAGCAAUCCCCCCCAAGAACCUCCAUGGCGAGCAGGUCGCCGCCGGAUGGCCUUCCUGGCUCUCCGCCGUCGCCGGCGAGGCUAUCAAUGGCUGGACGCCGCGCCGUGCCGAUACCUUCGAGAAGCUUGAUAAGAUUGGGCAAGGGACGUAUAGUAAUGUGUACAAAGCUAGGGAUGCUUUGACGGGAAAAAUUGUUGCGCUAAAGAAAGUUCGGUUUGAUAAUUUGGAGCCAGAGAGUGUGAAGUUCAUGGCUAGAGAGAUUCUCAUUCUGCGCCGUUUGGAUCAUCCUAAUGUUGUAAAGUUAGAAGGCUUAGUGACUUCAAGGAUGUCGUGUAGUUUGUAUCUUGUAUUUGAAUAUAUGGAGCAUGAUUUGGCAGGACUUGCUGCAAGCCCUGCAAUCAAGUUCACAGAGCCUCAGGUUAAAUGUUAUAUGCACCAGCUAUUAUCAGGGCUUGAACAUUGUCACAACCGCCAUGUGCUUCAUCGUGAUAUUAAAGGGUCCAAUCUUCUUAUUGAUAAUGGUGGAGUCCUAAAGAUUGCGGAUUUUGGAUUGGCUUCCUUCUUUGAUCCUAAUCACAAGCAACCAAUGACUAGUAGGGUGGUCACUCUUUGGUAUCGGCCCCCAGAGCUUCUUCUUGGUGCCACUGAUUAUGGUGUAGGUGUGGACCUUUGGAGUGCUGGCUGCAUUUUAGCUGAGCUGUUGGCUGGGAAACCAAUCAUGCCAGGUCGCACAGAAGUGGAACAGCUACACAAGAUAUUUAAGUUAUGUGGCUCCCCUUCUGAAGAAUAUUGGAAAAAGUCAAAGUUGCCUCAUGCAACCAUUUUUAAGCCUCAACAAUCAUACAAACGAUGCAUUGCAGAGACAUUUAAAGAUUUUCCACUGUCAUCGUUGCCACUAAUUGAGACGCUCCUUGCAAUUGACCCAGCUGAACGUCAGACUGCCACUGCAGCAUUGAGGAAUGAAUUCUUCGUAACCAAACCUUAUGCUUGUGAGCCUUCUAGCCUUCCAAAAUAUCCACCCAGCAAAGAGAUGGAUGCUAAGCUACGGGAUGAAGAAGCUAGAAGAUUGAGAGCUGCUGGGAAAGCUAAUGCAGAUGGUGUGAGGAAAUCUCGCCCACGUGAUCGCAGGGGACUUCCUGCUCCAGAAGCGAACGCUGAGCUUCAAGCCAAUCUUGAUAGGCGACGCCUAAUAACACAUGCAAAUGCAAAGAGUAAGAGUGAGAAGUUUCCUCCUCCACACCAAGAUGGAACGCUUGGCUAUCCUUUGGGUUCGUCAAAUCACAUCGAUCCUGUUUUUGAUCCUCCUGAUGUUCCAUUCAGCUCCACAAACUUCUCAUAUUCAAAAGAAUCCAUCCAAACUUGGUCUGGCCCAUUGGUGGACCCUGGUGCAGUAGGGGCUCCAAGGAGGAAGAAACACACAUCAGGACAUAUUCAUUCACAUUCGAAGUCCUCAAAAAAAGACUCAAAAAGAUGA